AUGAGAAUCACAAAAUUACAUGGGCUGGCUAUUCUAGUGACAGCAGGAAUCACUGGUGCAAUCUGGUACCACCAGCCUUUCUCCCCCAGCAGAGACCAGGAACAGGCAGCCUCCCCUGCAGGGGACUCAGGACUGAAAACAGACUUACAUGAAACCUCUCUGAUGCUUCCACGGAGACAGGAUGUGCUGGUGUUGACACCAUGGCUGGCCCCAAUAGUUUGGGAAGGCACAUUCAGCAGAGACAUCCUGAAUGCUCAAUAUCUGCAGAAGAACCUGGUCACUGGAGUGGUCACUUUUGCUGUUGAAAAAUAUGUCCAGUUCAUAGAAGGGUUCAUGACAUCUGCCAACAAGUACUUCCUUGCUGGGCACCAAGUGAAUUUCUACUUAUUCACAGACAGCCCUGAGAAGGUCUCCCAGCUUCAGAUGGCCCCUGAGAACCACCUGUUUGUCAUCCCAGUGCAGAGUGGCUCCAGGUGGCAGGACAUCUCCAGGUGCCGCAUGCGCAUCAUCAGCUCACACAUCCAGAGGCAGUUCCAGCACGAGGUGGAUUAUCUCUACUCCAUGGACAUCAACGUGCAGCUGCUGGCACACAUCGGGGUGGAGAUCAUCGAUGCCCUGGUGGCAACCAUCAGCUCCUGGCAGGUCAUCCCCCAGCAGGAGAACAAAGCCCAUGGGACACGCCCUGAGCCACAAGGGGACUUCCAUUACACUGCCAGCUUCUAUGGGGGCAGCGUGGCUGAGGUGUACAAGCUGACCACAGCCUGUUUUGGGGGGCUGGGGGAGGACAGAGAAAAUGGAAUUGAGGCUCAGGGGCACCAUGAGAGGCACCUCAACAAGUACCUGCUGCAGCACAAGCCCACCCGCCUGCUGUCCCCAGAGUACUACUGGGACACAGAGCUGAGCCCCAGCGUCAUCCACGUGAAGAGGAUGUGCCCUGUGCACAGGGACAGCCAGAGGUGUAGCUGCCAGAGCUAG